AGUAGUUGACUAAAAACACAUUCGAUCUUUGGUUCAUGCUCCAGACUCCAGAGUCUGGGGAUCCUCAUUUAUACUUGCUUACACUUUGAAUGAAGAUCCUUCAUUUCACCUCCCAAAAUCUCUCUAAAUCAUGUUAAAACAUCUUUUAAGCAUGCUUCUUCAAUCGUAAUUUCUAGAAGAAAUUGCAGAAACUUUGUUAGUUUAGUUGUAGAACAUUAAGCCCUUCUUUGCUAGAAGCUGUGAAACAAUACCUGAGAAGUUUCGAUGAGGACAUAGAGGAAGCCAUGCCAUUGUGGCAACAACCUUACGAAGCUACGCCAUCGAGGCUACAAGGUCUCCAAUAUAUGCCAUCGCUGACACAAUUUAAAGGGACUCGGAGGAGGACUAGAUCACCAGUAUUACCAGUGACAUCAUUUUACCGUUAUGUGUUCAGUGUCAUCGAUACCUUGCUUUAUCAGAUGACCAGUAUCCAUCACCUACUAUCUAGGAAUUGGAUUUUACUGAGUUUCUGUUUGGCUGCAAUCUUUUUGGAUCCUUUAUUCUUGUACAUUCCGGUGAUCAACGAUCAUAAAAAGUGCCUUGGAUUAGACAAGAACUUGGGGACUGCGGUUAUUGUUGUCCGUUCUUUCUUUGAUUUCUUUCAUUUCAUCUAUAUCAUUUUUCAACUGCGUACUUACUCUCCUCGUAACCUCAAUAAAAGAGGCGUAUUAAAUGAUAAAUCCUGGGCAACAGCAAGGAAAUAUUUGCUGUAUUCCUUUCCCAUUGACCUUCUCUCAAUUCUUCCACUCCCACAGGUGGUGAACUACAUUCUCAUAAGAGGCUGGAAACUUCGGAACGCAAUGAAGUUAUUGCAAUAUUUUGUUAUUUUCCAAUAUGUGCCAAGGUUAAUUCGGAUCUACCCAUUAUUUAGAAAAGUUAAAAAGACUUUCGGGAAUCUUUAUGAAUCUAGAUUCACCAAAGUAGCGUUCAACCUUCUUCUUUACGUGCUUGCAAGUCAUGUCUAUGGAUCUUUAUGGUACUUUUUGGCUAUAGAUAGAGACACUGUUUGCUGGAAGAGAGCCUGCGCAAAUCACCCUGGAUGCGGUCAUAGAUCUCUCUACUGUCAUGAUACUUUGGGAGACACAACUUUUUUAAACGAUUUAUGCCCAACAAAACCGCCAAAUACCACUAUGUUUGAUUUUGGAAUGUACCAGGAUGCUCUUCAGUCUGGCAUCGUAGAGGUGACAGAUCUUCCGCAGAAGUUCUUAUAUUCCUUUCUAUGGGACCUGCAAAACCUCAGUUGUUUUGGUCAAAACCUCCGGACAAGUUCUUAUGUCUGGGAAAACUUCUUUGGAAUUUUCAUUACCCUCUCUGGGUUGGUGUUCUUUCUAUGUCUCAUUGGAAAUGUGCAGAUAUACCUACAGUCCAAAAGUGCAAAAUCAGAAGAGAUGAGAUUAAAGGGACAAGAGAUAGAGCAGUGGAUGGGUUUUAGAAAGCUGUCAAACAAUCUUCAACAGAAGGUUAGGAAAUAUGGACAAUAGGUAUGGCGAGAAACCAAAGGUGUUGACGUAGAAAAUUUGGUUAAAAAUCUUCCCAAGGACCUUAGAAAUAGAGUAAAGAGUGAACUCGGCUUAGAAUUACUCUUGAAAGUACCACUGUUUCAAAACAUGAAUGAACCACUUUUGAAUGAAUUGUGCGACCGACUCAAGCCGAUGCUGUACACAGAGGAUAGUUACUUUGUUCGGGAGGGUCACCCAGUUGAUGAGAUGUUGUUUGUCAUGCAAGGCAAGCUAUCAAGCGUGGCAACUGAUGGUGGAAGAGCACGUUUCUAUAACGCUUACUAUGUUAGGGAUGGAGACUACUUUGGAGAAGUACUUAUCUCGUGGGCACUGAAUCUUCAGUCCUCGAACGACCUCCCCUUCUCAACUAGAACUGUUAGAGCCCUAACUGAAGUGGAAGCCUUUGUUCUAACGGCCGCUGACUUGAAGUUUGUAGUCUCUCAAUUUAGGACUACCCGUAAUCAGCAAGAAUAUUUGUAUAGCUACUACACCGGUUGGAGGAGAUCUAGCGCAGCUCGUUUAAUACAGCACGCUUGGCGCGGAUAUAAGAAAAAGAUGCUUGAAGAAUCUCUGCUGCGCGCAGAAGAUAUUAUGUUGCAAGAUGAAUGGUUUAAGCCUAGCGGGAAUUCGUCAGGCUUACACACCAGCACGUCUGUUGAAUCCCUAUUCUGGGAUUUGGAUCCUCAUUCAUCUAAUUUUGCUUAAUCUUUGAAAGAUGUAAAUACAUGUGACAGUUCUAACAUAUAACGGUUACUUUCCCUUUAUACCACCAAAAGAUAAUGUUUUUAAUUACUUGUUCUCUUUGAUUGUACACACCAUUCCAAGGCUGUAACAAUUAGAUCAACUGGCCACGAUCGUUGCUGAGGUAUUGAUGUUUACAGAACCAAAACGGAUCGUCUAAAAGAUGGCUGACUUAUGCGAUCAUCUAAAAUGUAUUCGUUACAUUUCAAGCUCAUCUCGUAUGAUACAAGAGAACUCGCAAAGGGCUGCUCAGGAAAUGGAGCCUGAGUUGCAAAAUUGUAUUUACGACUCUUGGUGAUAAGUCUAAAUGCAAUGCAUUUGAA